AUGGACUUGUCUGAAACUGUUUAUAUGAAGCAGCCGCCUGGUUAUAUUGAUAUUAAGUUUCCUAAUCAUGUAUGUCUUAUGAAGCAUUCUUUAUAUGGGUUGAAACAGGCCCCUAGAGCUUGGUUUAAUCGUCUACAUACGUUUCUGCUGUCAGUUGGUUUUAAUGCUUCGAAAACAGAUGUGUCUUUGUUCUAUUAUUCCCAAGAUUCUAUUUUUGUGUAUACUUUGGUCUAUGUUGAUGACAUACUUGUAAUGAGUAGUACGAAUCUAGUCAAUGAGCUAUUGACUAAACUCUCUACUGAAUUCAAGAUUAGGGAUCUUGGUGAACUUGAUUUCUUUAUUGAAAUUGUGACUGUUAAAUGUGAUAAUGGAAUCUUGCUUUCCCAGCAACGAUACAUGACAGACAUUUUGAAUCGUGCUGGUAUGACAGAUUGUAAACCUUUAGCCACUCCUAUAUCUGUUUCGAAACCCACUUCUUUUAGUGAAGUUUUAUAUGACGAUGUUACACAGUAUAGGACUCUAGCUGGAGCACUGCAGUAUCUCACGAUUACUCGUACAGAUUUUUCCUUUGCUGUCAACCAACUCUGUCAACAUAUGCAUGCUCAUACUGUCUCGCAUUGGGAACAAUUGAAGCAUGUGCUAAUGUAUGUUAAAGGCACUAUUACUUACGGUUUACGUGUACGAAAGUCAGAAUCUAGGGAGUUGCUUGCUUUUUCUGAUUCUGAUUGGGCUGGUUGUCCCGAGGACCAUAAGUCAACUAGUGGCUAUGUUGUAUUUCUUGGAUCCAAUCUUGUGUCUUGGAUGAGUACAAAUCUCAUAUUUCAUGUGCCAAACAUGUGGAGAUUGAUUAUCACUUCGUUAGAGACAGAGUUGCCAAUGGAGACAUUCAAGUUCACUUUAUCUCAAGUAAAGAUCAACUUGUUGAUAUAUUUACAAAGGCUCUACCUGGUUCAAGGUUUUCUUUUCUUAGAGACAAGCUACAAGUCACGUCUAUACCCUGCGCUUGAUGAGGAGUAUUAG